AUGGGAGGCGACGCCUUCGGCAUCCCAGCGGCGCGCCCGUCGCCCGCCGCCUUCGCCACCCUCUGCGCUCACAUCACGACCUCAUUGACAGAAAGCGACAUUGCGAUCCCACCCUCACUAGCGAAGGAAUCACACGGUGACGUGGAUGUUCUCGUCUCGACAUCGCUCACGGGAUUGAAGGGACGUGCGGUGGGAGGGCCUACAGUGGUGGGGAACCUGGGCCAGUUGGAGGAGAAGGGGGACGUGGACGGCGUGUGUGCGGCGCUGUGUGCGAGGCUCGGAGGCGGAAGGUGGAGUCGCAACGGGCGCAUCGUCAGUGUGGCUGUGCCGCUGGCCCUCACCUCGUCUCCACCCCCAACUUCUUCAUCUCUCUUCGCAAGCAACGCAUGCAACGCAAGCGACACAAGCACCACAAACGACGCAAGCAAAGCAGACGCCUCAGACGCCGCUUUCCACCAAAUCGACCUAAUCCUCAUCCCCAGCCGAUCCCUCCUCUGGGCCCAAAUGAGCAUGACGUACGGACAGACGAGGCAGCUGCUGAAAGUCCUCACCCGCGCUGCUGCGGGAACGUCUCGGCUCAGACUGCACGAUACUUAUCUGGGAUACAACACGCCCCAACCCGCCUUCAAGCCGAGGAGGGAGAUUGAGCUGUGUGUUGAUCCCGUCCAGUUGUGCGAUUGGCUAGGCAUCGGCGCUUAUGACCCAAGUCGAUUCCACGACCCCAACCCCCACACGCCUUCAGCGGAGGCCACGAUGUCAAAUAAGGAGCAGAAGGAGAGGGAGGGAGGCAUGGAACGUCUCUUCGCAUGGCUCGGCUCCGCCCCGCAAGGAAGUCUCGCGCGGAAAGGAUACGCCAAGUUGAUCCAGCAGUGGAAGCGGGGCACGCUCCCCCGCCAAGUUGCCGGCAUGGGCAAUCCCGGGAGCAAGCGACAGCAGAAACUGGCUAGAGAGGAUCGGGUCGUGGAUGGGUUUUGCGCAUGGCUUGCUGGACGCUAUGGACGGGAGUUGGGGGAGGAGGAUGGAAAGGAUGGGAAGGAGGCAGAGAGCGAUGGGGAGCUGAGCGCGGUACGGUUCUUUGGGAAGGUGGAUACGUAUCUCGCCACUCUGGAAACGUAG